AAAAAAACAGUUAUAAUUUAUCCGGUCAUCUUCGUUUCCUGUCGCCCAAGAAAUCCGAGCGGCUUCGCCUCCCCUCCUCCUCUCCCGUAAAAUCCCUCUCGAGCCUCUCGGUUUCUCUCAAGUAAUUUUGAGCGAGGAAACAUGGGUCCCGGCCUCUACUCCGAAAUCGGCAAAAAGGCGAGAGAUCUUCUUUACAAGGACUACCAUACGGACCAGAAGUUCACCGUGGCCACCUACACCGCCAAUGGAGUUGCCAUUACAGCAUCUGGUACAAAGAAAAAUGAACUGAUUUUUGGUGAGAUUCAAUCUCAGUUGAAGAACAAGAAUAUCACUGUUGAUGUCAAAGCAAAUUCAGACUCUAAUCUUUCAACAACAGUUACAGUCGAUGAACUUGCCACUCCUGGGUUGAAGACAAUUUUCAGCUUUGUGGUGCCCGAUCAGAGAUCUGGAAAGGUUGAACUGCAAUACCUGCAUGAUCAUGGAGGGGUUAAUGCUAGUAUUGGAUUAACUGCCAAUCCCAUUGUCAACCUUUCUGGUGUAGUUGGAACUGAUGCUGUUGCUGUUGGUGCCGACGUAUCAUUCGAUACUGCAAAUGGAGACUUCAUAAAGUGCAAUGCUGGGUUGAGCAUCACCAAUGCUGAUCUGAUUGCCUCGCUGACCGUGAAUGACAAGGGAGAUUGCGUGAAUGCUUCCUAUUAUCACUUGGUCAGUCCAUUAUCAAGCACAGCAGUUGGGGCUGAGCUUACCCACAGCUUCUCAAGCAAUCAGAAAAACACACUCACAUUUGGGACGCAACAUGCACUGGACCCUCUGACCCUGGUUAAGGCUCGGUUCAACAAUUAUGGUAAAGCUAGUGCUCUUAUCCAGCAUGAGUGGAGGCCUAAAUCAUUCCUUACCAUUACUGGGGAGGUUGAUACCAAGGCAAUCGAGAAGAGCUCCAAGGUUGGCCUGUCCUUGGUGCUUAGGCCAUAAUGAAAGAUCUCCUGAGCAUCACGUCACUUCCAUUCCGCACUUGUUCAAAUGGAAAAAGUUAGAAUCAAAAGGAAAUAAGACCUACGCAUUGUGACAGAAGCGUCUUUAUUGAUUUUAUGACUGCUGCUGUUUUUUUUUUUCUUUUACUUCCCUCUUACUGCAGUAUUAGGUUCUUCUUGGUUUACGUUUGGAUUGUAUGAAUAAUUUUAGUUGGGUGUCUAGGAGUAGAGAUUUCCUCCAACAUCAUUUCACUGUGACCGGCAAGAACUGAAAGCUGGUUUAAGCAGAUACAUAUUGCUUGCUUUUUUUUUUUUA